UGUAGUGAGUUAUUGCGCUUCAGAUCAGCGGCACCGCUUCCGAGGGUGCGGUGACAGCUACGGUAAUAUUCCUUCACAAAAACAGAGACACGUUUGUCUAAAAGCGUUGUUUGGAGUCGCACGCGGUGAUCCGAGCGUUUUGCAUCUUUCAUUUGAUGAUUACACCCCCAUUGUCAACCUGCUGGGGGCCUAACAGCGGAGCAGCACCCGGCUUUUAUGAAUGGGAUGCUCGGUUUGCUGGCUGACUGGAUUUAAGGAGCUUCAAUAUUCAUUCCAAGGUCUCUAACAAGCAUUACAUUCAAGAUCUGGAAGCUUUUUUCGUAGUCUGACAGCAUCUUUUCCUACCUCUACCUAGCUGUGCAAAACAAAACUCCGCCACCAUGCCAAUCUUAAAACAGCUAGUGUCUGGCUCCUCCCAGACCAAGCGCCGCUCACGCAUGGACCUGACCAGGGAGAUGAUCAGUGCUCCACUGGGUGACUUCCGCCACACUAUGCAUGUAGGUCGCAGUGGUGAUGCUUUUGGAGACACCUCCUUCCUCAGCACCCGCUCGGGGGAACCUCCCCCCGAGAACACAUCCUUCCCGCGUUCUCCCCGUCCUGGCCUACUGUCUCGUACCUUUAGGAGCAGCAAACGCUCCCAGUCUGUCACCAGAGUGGAUCAACAGGACAACUCCCUGGCUGUCGCAGGUGGGUCACCCACCUAUGUGAAAAAUGCCAUGUCUCUGCCCUUUCUGAAUGAUGAAAACAGAGGGGACAGUAUGGUAGCUAAGAGCCUGUCCUCGAGUCCUUUACAGCAGCAUGGGGAGGUGGAUGGGAGAGGUGCAGCUGCAGCCACUCAUCUCCUAGAACUGGAGGAGCGAAACUUUGGUGAGCUGACUGAGCUUCCAGAGAGCUCCCAUCACUAUGGAGGUGGAAUGAAGCACGCUGUGUCAGUCAUGUCUUUCCAUGUCGAUCUGGGACCCUCCAUGCUGGGUGACAUCCUGGGGGUGAUGGAAAAGGAGGAUGAUGAUCUUGGCUACGAGGAGGGCAAGAGCAGCGAGGGCCGUGCCUCACCACCCCUCAGUGUCCAUGGUGAGGAAGGAGAUAGUGUGGAGAAGGGGAAAGAUGAGGAUACAGAGGAGCAGAUGGAGGCAGAGGAAGAAGAGGAAGAAGAGGCAGAACUGCAGCAACAGCCUUCUAUGCACCCUGCCAGCUCUAUUGAUCUGGGGCCUGAGAAUGGAGGACCCUACACCCCAGAGUACACUCCUGAGACACGGCCAAAACACUUGCAGCAUCUAGACAGCUGCUCCAUGUCCAGCUCUGGCUCUGCUGCCCUGGAUGAGAAACCAAACAGUCAAACCUAUGCAGGAGAUACAGACAGCGCCACCUUCAGUGCCCCACCAGAGGAGGAGAGCAACUUCUCCUCUUUCUUGGAGGAUGAAGAUGACGAGAUCCGUGUGUGAAAUUCCAAAGCCUUCUCAAAAGUAGGGCAGAGCUCUGGAAGGGGUUCGUGUGAAACUAGCAAGUCCUUUUGACAGUGUGGAUUUGCACUUGAAGACACUGCAGUCGGGUACUGUGGGAAUGGGACUGUGAAGAAGACGGGGGACUCUUACUUUGUAGGUCUGCAAAGAGAGUGUGACUGCUCCUUUAAGAUGAGCCCAAACUCUGUCAGAAAGCCUUACCCUCCACUUUCUGUUUGUCUGUCAAUCCGUCUCUCCCUUUUGAACACUGAAGGAACUGACAUGGAAGAGCAGCCACUUUUUGAAUAUGGAACAUUCCAGAAGUACGCAGGGAGGAUGGGUUAGAAAGGAACUUUUGUAGGAAAAACACUUUCCAUAACUAAGGCUCAGUUCGCCCUCUCCCUCUCUUUUCUCUCACUUGACGUGUCACAUGUGCUUUUUGCAUUUGGUUCGCCUCUCCCUUGUUGUUGUUCUUUCUCUCCCCGGCUGUGGGACAUCAUGAGGCCGGAGCUGAACACAAGGUCCCUGUCACCACAGGAUCACUGGUGGGUAUCUUGUCACAAUAAAGGGGGCCUGUGUUUGUUACUGGAGUGUGAAGUCCUGCCUUGAGCCUCUUUCAUUUGAAAAUAUUAUACUAAAGUACCAUAGAUCAGUCAAGAGAUUGCUCCCUUAUGCAACUCGGGGUCCUUGUGAAGCUACACAAAGGCUGCCAUUUCCUGCUGUAAAGCUGGACCACAAAGCCCAAACUGAAAUUCUCUUCUGUUUCUAAUUCCCUGUGAGCGCCACACAGGCUUUGACUUGGUAUAAAUUAAAGAAAGCAGGGCUAUGAAGCUAAUGGAGAUGCGUUGGCCUGCAUGUACUAUGAAGCAUGGUGUUACUACAGGAAACUAGAGGUGUGAAGAGGGUUGUGUGGCACACUGGAGAGAGACUGCGCACUGUGUUUGUUGUCUCUUGUCAAUGAUUAGAGUCCUUAUUUCACCCCAAAGCCAUAACGAUGGUGAUUUUAUGGAUUUCCGUGAGCUGUCACGAAUUGGCUUGCUUUCUUCGACUAGUCUGUUAUUUCAAACUGAAACUGAAAAGAGUUUGAAAACCACUUCCUUCCUCGUUUUUCAUACAUCUGAGCAACUGCAGUGGUGCAAAUGCACUGUGUAGAAGAUGUUGAUCCUCUUUAGUCCAGGGGCUGCCUUUUAUGUAUAAAAUGGUUUCCACUACUACUAUUAGGGUUUAGGGUAUGUACUGUUGAAAAUUAGUGCACCAGCGGGCACAAUUAAAUCACACACUACUUCUUUUUGGUGUUUAAUACCUUUGUUGUUAUUUUAUCUUCGAAAAUCUUUGCUACAUUUGUGUUAUCUCUGUUUGAAAAGUGGAUGAAAGAGAAGACACGGCCAGCAAUAGAUGCAAGAGCAUUUAGAAAAGAUUGCUAUUUUUAUGCAAGUUGCAUAGUCAUUGCAGCUUGACUGUAUCUCUUGCAUCAUUAAAAAGACGUGGCCAGAAGUAUUGAAACUCAGUUGCGCUGAUUGAUUUCACUGCCUUAACUGAAACUGACAUGUGCCAAAUCCUAAUUUUCUAGCCAAAAAUAAUUUCACUUCUGAAGCUCACUUUUGGGAGAGCCUGUCAGAUCUGUCUGUCACUUCCUUCUCUGUAUGGUUAAUCACUGUUGACUUUAAGUUAGGAUUGAGCUUUCAAGUUAAAAAUAAAUAAAUAAAAUAAAAGUAAUGUUUUAAGAUGUAAUAUCAUGCAGGAAAAAAAGGAAAAGAAUGAAUUUGCAUAACUGGAUAUUUAUAUUUCCAAUCACUCAUUACAAAAUAUAUUCAGGUAAUUUCCAGGGUUAAUUUUGUGCGAAUGGGAAGUUGACUGUGCUGCCUUGUUCUGUGUAAUGUAUGUUCUGCCUUACUGUUGUCUUCUUUACUGUAUAUUUACAGCCUUUUUCUGUAUUAUCCAAAAUAACCUAUAUUUUUCAAUAAAAGAAAGCCUGAACAUCUUUUUCUGCUGCAUUUUGUAUUGCGUUUUCGUCUCAGUGCAGCAGAGGAAAAUGCAGUAUGAGUGCUACUCAGUCAGCAACAUUAACAAAGGAAUUCCUUGAGUGCUGUUUCUGUUUCCUCUCCCAAUUCACAGGCCCGCCCAGAAGAGGAAGGAAGGAAGGAAGGAAGCAAUUGAGGCCUUAGUUGGACGUGUCUCUUAAGUAUUAGCUAUACAAUCUGAGAGUGAUGUGAUGACUCACGAGUAAAUAUGUGGGUGAGUCAAGUCAAAAUGUAAGGCUUACCUUGAAAUCUCUGUUUUCUGAUCCCUCCAUGGAGCAACUAUAUUCUCAUCAGUACAGAUGUGGGAGGGGUGAAAGAUGGAUGGAAGUGGAAAGGUUUAUUAGUAUGGAGAGCUGCAUUGAUAAACAGUGAUGACAGGUAAUUCUUCGCCCUGAUUGGAGGAUGGAUGAGUCUGGCAGCCACGCAAGAACAAGAUCCAACUUAUCAUCAUGGACUCAAAAUUGUUCUGUCACUUUUGAUUUUACAGGCCACGCUUUGGCUUUUCACACACCAGUGAACCCCCUCAUGGCUUGGUCAAAGUUCAGUGCACUCUGUUUUGUUAACACUCGCUGCAGACAGUUCAAGGUCUCACCCUGGAUCCCUUCACAUUAAAAGUGCAUGCUGAAAACACAGCUCCAUCCCUCCUUUAUCUUUUUUCGAUUCAAUCUUUCAUCUCUACUUUAGGGGAUGUUUAAUCUCCUUCCACUUUCAGUUUUUCACAGUCACAUUAUACCCGCGUCCAAUCUGCCAGAGGGUUAGAAAAAGUCAUUAUUCUUAGACUUGUGGUAGAAACAGGCCAUUUAU